AUGGCACGAGGUGGUCGUGGCGGCGGUAGCCGCAAUCCAGCAAACCAAUCUAGAGAAGUGCAAGUUUCAAAAAAGAUUAGCUGGUUGCUAAGGCAUGGUGCCGGUUCGGAAGGACUGAAGUUGGGCAAGGGAGGAUAUGUCAAUGUGCAAGACGCACUCAACACGCGCGCACUGAAGGGAUUGAACAUCACGUUUCCGGAACUUCGCGACGCUGUAGUCAACAAUGAGAAAAAGCGCUUCUCGAUGAUCCUAGCCGCUUCACAAGAUCAGUCAAAGUCAGAAGAGGACGCAGCACAGCUAGAGGAUCUCGCUAAUGAGACUCUCGAAACCAUCACAGAGUCAGACAACCCAGCAGACUACCUCAUCCGCGCAAAUCAAGGGCACUCCAUUAAAGUAGAUGUGGAAGGUCUUCUAACUCCAGUCACAGUCGAAGCAGGUAAUGUACCCGACACCGUGGUCCAUGGAACCGACGAGCCUGCAUGGCGCUUGAUCUUGAAGAGCGGUGGUUUGAGGAGAAUGGGACGCAAUCAUAUUCACUUUGCUUCCGGUCUGCCCGCUGGCUUCAAGUCGCUUGCUAUCGACACCGCUUCGACUGAGGAGAAAGAAGCCGCACCAGUCAUCUCGGGUAUGCGUAAGAACUCAAGCAUCCUUGUAUAUAUCGACAUACAAGCUGCGCUAGCUGCGAAUAUCAAGUUCUACAUCAGCGAGAACGGUGUGAUCUUGACAGAAGGAAACGAGGAGGGGUUCUUGUCAUAUGAGUUCUUCAAGCGGGUAGAGAGCCGGAAGAAGGAUGGAGGUGUGUUGAUGAGCGAUGGCAAGCUGCCGGAAGGUGUCGUGGUAGAUGUUGAGGAGUGGAAAAAGGAAGUUGGUGAUGGUCGGGGCAAAAGAGGUGGACGUGGAGGGAGGGGAGGUAGAGGUGGCGGUCGUGGCGGAGGUAAAGCGAGGGCCAACGAUGAUUCGCGAGAUCUACUUGCAGAUGAGACAGCGUAG